AAAAUAUAAAGAAUGUCGAAAUCAUAUCAUUACCAAGUUUAGUAUAUUGCUAAGGAUCAAUAGGAAUAAAAAAAGGAUUCUUAACCAUAUAGAAAAGUAAUUGAAUAAUUAAUUAGUCAUAGUCAAAUAAUAACAAUUACGAUGGAUUUUCAAGAAACAAAAAAUAUUACAACAAUCGAUAACAUUAUUAAAAUGAUAAUAAGAGAGUGGAAUAUGAAUGUAUUUAUCCUAUAAUUAUUAUUAGAGAAAUAAUAAAUAUGUUAGCCCUAAAAUAAUGUUUAUGAUGCAAAAUUAUUACUUUCAGCUUAUCGAGAAUAUUUAUAACCUCCUGAAGACAUCGUCCACCUGACCAAAAAAAUACCAUAAUUAUUUGCAACUAAACCAUUCAAACCUAUUUCUUAGACAUCACAUUGCAAUCACAGUGACGAAGAAGAACCUCAAUGGAUGCAAGACUCAUAAUUCAAUGCCCCUUUUUAAUUAAAUGAUAUAGAAAAUGAAAUUUAAUAAAGAAGGGAACAAUAUCAAAAAGAUCAUGGUACAUUUGAGAAAAAACAGGAAGAAAAAAGAUAAAAGAUAUAAGAAUUUCAAAUUUAACAAGAAGCUAUUAAUAGUAUAGAAAUCGAAAAAUAGAAGUACAGAGAAAAAAGAGAAUAAGAAUUAAAAUAAUCAUAAGCUGCUAUCGAAACUAAAUAAAAACUCUUUGAACUCUUUUCUACAAAUAUUGAACCCUAAUCAACUCCUGUGGAAAUCAAUCAUAAUAUCCUGACAGUUGAGGAUAUAGAGAAACGACAAUUAACUAACUAAAUCUAAAAUAAUAAUAAUAAACCAGCAGAAGUAGUUAAAGAAGCCUGUAUUAGUGAUGAUGAAUUAAAUUAACUUUUGGGUUUUAAUAACAAUAAUGAGAACUCUAAAACUGUAGAUUAGUUGCCUUCUGUUCUUUUUAAGAACGAAUAAAUUAAAACUUCGCCAUUUUCUAUUCAAGCUCAAUUACACAACAAAGACAUUAAUGAAUCAUUAUGGUUUUAUAUUGAUAAAUCAAACAAAGUAAUUUGGAUUUUUUAUUUAGACUUAAGGAGGGUUUCCAACCAAAAAUAUGGAUAUUUGGUAUUCGUAAAAUUAUUUAAAACCCAGUCUCAUGAUUUCAUGGGGUUCUCCUGGAAAGUGGAUAUAUUUGGAAUAAUACUAAAACAAUUUGCAAUUGAUAUUAUAAGGAACCUUGGAUAAGUUAAAAGCAAUGGAACCUUCAGCAGUUGAUCAAACUAAAGCUUACAAGCCUACUCAACCCAAUCAACCAUCGUAAUAAUGGAAUAAUCAAUAACAUUACGUUUAAAAUAACAACAAUAAUAGAUAUCAAUAUAAUAAUUAUAAUAAUUAAUACGGAUAAUAAAGAAAUAGAAACAACUAAAAUAGAGCUAUAUUUUAGAUUGGAUAAAGGGAUUCAUAACAAGUUCAUUAUAAUUAGUAUUAUAGUUCAAAUGGGAAUCAAUACGAAUAAUCAGGUGAGGGAUUUGUUCUUGAUAUAAAGAGUUUUCCAACACCUGAUGAAAAAUGA